UGUUAGUAAUUUAUUGUCAUAAUCUUAAAUAUUGGCUAAGAUAUGAUUGUUGUAUUAUAAAUGAUUAACAAGACAAACAAGAAACGAAUGACAGUUUCAGAACUAUGCCGAUUUUUGAUAUUUUUACAAGUUCAAUUAAUUACAAAUACAAAACCACAUUAUGUUCAUUUAGUACAUUAUUUGUUCUAGCGUUAUCAAUUAUAACAUUAGUAGGACCACUGGUUAUUGUUCACCUUAGUGGAGGUUUUUGGCUACGAAAUAGUAUGUAUAUGGAAAUACCAGAAAUUACAUUUAAGCAGAAGUACCUGUUACUCGCUGAGAGUGGCUUUGAUUCCAACUCAGUUGUCUGUUCUACUUUUGCAACUUACAAAGAGAAUAAAAUUGCAGAUAAUUGUACUUUGAUUAAGGUUCAAGAGGCUGAUACAAAUAACGAUGGAUUAAAAGAUGUAUUAAAAUUUGAAGCACAUUUUUAUACAGAUGUACCCAUUCGCUCUAUGAAGCUACUUCUGUUUUUUAAUUACAAUCUAACGAAGCUUGUACAGACUGCAAUGGAAACUAUGGCUGUUGUGGAUUAUACUCUUCCAUAUCCUGUCCAAGAAAUAUAUUUCGUAAGCGAUUUAAAGUUACGCCAAAAAAGUGUUUUGCAAAAAGAUAAUAUUCAUAAUUUAUACAAUCAAAGUAUUGACCUAGAUGACUUAACCGUACAUCAAUUACUAAUUGAUAAUGCAAAAAAAGCACUUACAGUCCAAAUUACGAAUACUGAAUUCACAUGGCAUACUGGAUUCUCCAACGACAGAGAAUUUCUAGUUCAAGGUGAAAUAUUUUAUUUACAAGUGCCAAUAUAUUAUCAGGUUGAUAUUUGGGAAGAUCUAAAAUGGGCAUGGAUGCAAUAUGUAUCCAUUCUUCUCGUUUUUAUUUAUAUAACCAAGCGCUGUUUAUACAUUGCUUUUACUGGUGGAUAUCUAAAAAGUUAUAUUGUAAGACCAGAAAAAGUCAAAUAAACUAUCACUUUGAAAA